ACGGGGGGCGGGGUUUGGUGACUGGCGAUGGGACUUGGUGGCGCCCUAUCUGGCGAAGCGUCGGGAGUAGGCUGAGUCUGGUGUCUUUUGUAAGAGAGACGAUUGAACUAUGGCACAAAGUGUUCAAGUCGGGGGUGACACCAUCUUCGGUAAAAUCAUUCGCAAAGAAAUCCCGUGUGAACUCCUGUACGAAGACGAUAAGUGUAUUGCUUUUAAUGAUAUUCAACCACAAGCUCCAACUCACUUCUUAGUGGUCCCAAAGAAGCCAAUUGCCCAGUUGUCUAAAGCAGAAGACUCUGAUGCAGAGCUUUUGGGACACCUGAUGAUCGUUGCUAAAAAGUGUGCUGUGGAGAUGGGCUUAACAAAUGGCUACAGACUCAUCCUUAAUGAAGGCAAAGAAGGUGGACAGUCUGUCUACCACAUGCAUCUUCAUGUAUGUGGUGGACGUCAGAUGCUUUGGCCACCAGGUUAACUGUUACUUGAAUGUUGCUCAAUUACUGGAAGAAUUAGUCCAGUCUCUUAAAUAAAAAGCAUGUUGCAUGCUACAGUAUGCCAAUCUCAAAAACAUUA